AUGAUGAUAAUGAUUCGAAGAUGGUCGUCGCCGAUGUUGAGGGAAAACCAGGUUCACCCCCUGAAACUGGGUUCAGAUGUUCCCAAAAAGACUCGCAACCACUUCGACAACAUGAGCGAGCUCGCUCGUGAGGCCAGAGCAGUGCUUGCGAGCAUGGAAAACGACAGAUUUGGUGCGAGAUACCCCCGUUAA